UUUCACUCCGGGAAGGAAUUAUAAAGUUUACAUCCUUAUUGAUCCAUGAGGCUUUUAUUUCUAUGCUUGAAUGUUGGGGCACAGGUGAUAAGAUUCAUUUACUUUCGCAGGCUCGUACUCAGUAGCAGUGUACUUUCACAUUUUGGUACUGUUGUGUUACGAUCCUUUCAGUCAGCUUGUGAUAUUUGAUGCAUGCCAAUUGAAGUAAUUUUGACAGGCCAUCUAUCCUCUGUUUCCGGUAUCUGGGAACAUUCUCGUGGGCCUCAUAAAAACACUUCAGCCAAACGCGCAUCUCGAGAAGAGAAACGUGACUAAAUAGGCCUAUUCAAGAUUGGCUAGGUAUUUCUACGUCCAGCCACCAGCCACAGCGGUAUUCAUAUUCAGUAACACUAAAGAUAUUAUCAUUGUUUGUCUUCCAUUGAAAACUGGUUCAUUAUUGAGAGGCCUAGGAUUCUUGCCUUGGAGAUAAGAGACCACAAGUCUCUCGCAGCUUCCUUGGUUCUUUUCACACUUUAAACGAAGGUUUGAUCCGACAGGAAGAGCCAAGGGAAAUUGUCGAUCGUGUGUAUUGGCGGCUCUAAAAGCAAUUUUCUUCGUGCUGCGGACCACGUUCACAAAAACGUGGAAAAGUCGCUUUUCGUUUCAAGAGAUCAACGUGAAGUGAAGGUCCCCAGAGACUUGCUUGCUCUCUUUGUUCGGGAAUAUUGUUGAUGAUCGGAUAAUUUUUAUGUUGACCGCCCACCGCUCACAACAAAUCUGCCCUGAGGCUUAUUGCUCUGUUUGUACGUGUGGUCUAAUUGUAUCGUUCGAAACUCUUGCGCCGAGCUUUGGUCACGUUCUGCGACUCUCUGGCCGUUGUUGUGAGGCUCAACGGAAGGGUUUUUGAAAAAUCUUGACCGAAGUUAAGGUGUUGACAGAAAUUUGCCACAUCAGUCUUCAUUAACACUAUUAUCUCGCCGAAAUUGAGCAAAGAGUGGGCCGUUCGUGAGUCUUGGUGGUUUCGCAUAACCGACCGAGUGUGUUACCACGACAAGAUUUAGAAAGCCCGAAGCGUUUUAGCUUCCACUGCUCUUCUAAUCGCUUCAAAAUGUAUCAGUCAGUGAAGCUAAGAGAGCUAAAUCCUUUCAUUACUUGCGGCAUUUGUAGAGGGUAUCUAAUCGACGCUACGACCAUCACAGAGUGCCUUCACACGUGUAAGUAUAUCAUGAUCUCAACUUGUGAUUUUCUUGUCCUUUUAAAUCGAGUCACGUCCUUUAGUUAUGUUGUUUAUACCUUCUUGGUUGUUUAAACUUCAACCAGACGGCAACGAGGGAGGGAGUGAAGGUAGAUCUAUGGCUUCGAGCAAAAGAAAGCUGCGGUCAUACCGAGAUCGGUCGUGAAGCGUGGCGGUAAAACCAUGUGAAGUUCGUGUUUAGCGUUUAAAUGCUUUUGAUUUCUACACAAAAGCUUUUGAAGGCAAUAUACCAUGUUUAAAUCAACCCAAAAUAUGCUUGCCUUAUAACUGAACAGCAAAGAUUCGCUGCUCAGAAACAAAACGAUUCGACUGAGAUUAUAACGCUAGUGUACCGCAGUCUAGAUGGUUGCGAUCGCAAUGCCUAUUAGCACAGGGAUUAUUGUUUCCUAAUAUCACAUCGCUUGCGCGGUGAAUUUGGCAUUUGUCGUAGUUAAUUUAUUGUAUACUCGUGGUGAUGGUUUAGAUUCUCUUUGUUUGAAAGGUAAUCUAUAAUAUUGUGGACUGGAUUCAAUUUAGUGGUGCGUCAAACGUUCUUGCGUUUGGCUGUGCCAACAACUGUCUAAACCAAUCUACCCGAACAGAUGACGUGAUUAUAGCGCCUGUCGGGGCCAGCCGUAGAACAGAUGUACUCAUUCAAAUUUGUGUGUUCUCGGGCAGGUCAUAUGAUUGAAGUUAAAAGCUACACUGUAAAAUGUCACCCCUUAACGAGGCGUUGGUGAAGCUCUGAGACACCGUCUAUAGAAUUCAGUCAGUUGUGGGUCGUACUAUGUGGAAGAUUUCAGUAGAUCAUUAGCAGUGUAAAAGCUUCGCUUCGUAUACUCAGGAUGCGGUAAAAUAAACAAUGGACCUUUAUUUAAAUUAUGUUUGCUGCGACCUCUUUAACGAGGACUUUAAUACUUACCCACUCUUGGAACAGAGUGCAUCUUUACCGUGCUCACCACAAGAGACCGAUAUCAGAUUUAAAUUCUACCCUCGCCUCACUGUAAAUUUGUUGUGUUUAUAUUUUAGCCGAGUCGUGUUUAUUGGUUAUGUUUUUGUAUCGUUUUCAGUUUGUAGAAGCUGCAUCGUAAAGCAUUUACAAGAUGAAAACUUUUGUCCAUCCUGCAAAAUUGUGAUUCAUCAAAGCUACCCCAUGAACUAUAUCAGGUAAGCAAAAUGAUGAAUUGAUGUAAAAAUCUCGAAAAGCUUAGACCCUUUUCGUGCUUCUACUGGUAAGGGCUUCUCGAGUAACUCAAAAUUACAUGCAACAUUCAUUGCAGACAAAAAUUAAUUAACUUCCUCAAAUCUUUCUUGGAUUGAGUAUAUCCUUCGUCUGAAUUUAUAUUUGCCGCACGAUCAAUUCUGCUUGACGGAUUUAUUUUUUUUCAACAAGAAACUUCCAACGAGACUAAUUCAAUAAUAAAUUCUAUGCGUGAUCGAGUCAUUUCAUUUACCGAUUCCAUAAUUGUAAAUGAAUUUUCAAGUAAUUUAGUAUGGAAUUGUCCCUGAUGACAUGAUAAUGAUUUUUUUUGUCUUGUCAAGUGUAUUCUUUUGCCUCUGUUGUAGUAGAGUAAUUUUAGCUUUACUUUGGUUUCUCAGUGUCUCAACACUCAUUUCAUCAGCACAGUUAAUAUAAUGUGUUCUGAAAAAUACCUAGCAACCAUGUGCGAAACAAGAAGUAUUUACGCUUGAACUCGCGUGUACACUCCGCUGCUGUGUUAGUUGAAUUAAUGUUAUCUCGUUCCGCGGGCUAAACAUGAGUAUCUUUCAUUUUAUUUUCAAAUUUUAAGUUCUCGUAUUGUCCUGUAUCUUGUUCGCUUGAGAAACAAUCCGCUUGGUGCUGAAAUAUCAGCCUUGACGUUUUUAGCUCUGGUGGAAUCGAUAGUUGUUUCUUGUAAAUUCUGCCACGUAUGCAUCAAAGCUUUCCGAAAAUUAAAAAGGAAACACAUUAAAAAUAUACGACUUUCUAUGGAAAUGAGUAUUACGACACUUGAACAAAUUAAUUUCUUCAAGUGAGUUGCCUCAACGUCUGGAAAUACAAGUACGGUGUAAGCUUUUCACUGAUUGAGAUAACUGUGAAUCAGCAACAGAUGAAACGUCACAUUUUCUGAUAAAAGUUUUCUCCUAAUUUUUUUUCCUACACAAGAUCGAAAAUGAAAGGAAAAUUUUUAAUAUUUGCAGCGCCGAUCGUACAAUGCAGGAAAUUGUGUACAAGCUUGUACCAGGCCUUCAAGAACGUAAGUGUUUAUAUGCUUUUACCUAUUUAUAUUACGAAUGAUAGAGCACAAAGGCUAUCAUGUUUAGACAAUUUGAAACCUUUUUCCGGGGAUGCAUUUAUAUCAAGCCUUAAUGCUUUUAAAAAAUGUCAAUGAAUACUGCUCAGCCCAAACACCAUUUAAAAAAAAGCCCAGUCAAGGGGCAUUAAAGCUAAUUGCAGUUCCGUUCCAGUUUUCUUUAGACGUAUUUGCAUAACUUAUCAGUGCUACCACUUGAUAUGUCAAUAGUGAACUUAAGAGGAACUUUAGACGAACCAAUCACUUUCAUUUUUUAAGUUAAAGAUGAUUGUGUUUCGCUUCUUGCCACUCCUAUUCGACCAACCAUUCUGCAACCUGGCAUCGUGACUCUGUGUUUCCUCAAUUUUACGGAAGGAGAUCGCAUCUAACCUUUUUUAAACUACUUUGCCUAGUCUGGAGCGCAAAGUGUUAGUGGACAGUCGUACGUGAUUUUAAGGCUUGUCUGUCUUUUCAAUUCCAGAAUUUACCUUUCAGAAAGAUAAAUAUUUUGAUUAUCGCCUCGGGCGUUUAAACUUAUCAAACUGCUACCUAUUAGUGAUGAAAGAUUCUUUCGGGUUGAUAAUAACACGACACGAAGGCAAGUGCCGGCCGGAAUCAGUCGUGCCACGGACAACUCGUUCUCCUGUGUCGUUCGGUUCUAUUCCAAUCAAUCAUGCGUUCAAAAAGAAAUAAUCGCAACAUAUUAGGAAUGAAGGUGGAUAACCAAGCCCUAUUGUUUUCAAUAAAAAAACGAAAGACUUUGUGCCUUUGCGGUCAGCUUCUUUUCAGAAGCCGCUUUUUCCGGUCUUUAUUUCUUUCAUUCUUAUCUGUUGCACUUGAGGUGAUGAUGUGCCAAGUCUGAUACUAAACAGUUAUCAACUUCAGAAGACCGUCUGUGAAAUCGUCCACGUCGGUCGAAACGCGGUAAAUACAUUUUUUUUUUUUCACUCAAAAUUUCUCGAUCGAAUUUGUGGAUUGCGUGGUAUGGCACUUGAUGUUGUGAGAAAGCUAAGAGCUAGCAUUUAUUUUAGGGAUAAUCUCUGUGGUUUAGAUUUUAAUCUACGAAUACUUGAGUUAAGCAUUUCCUAAAAUCAGAAUUUAAAAAAAAGAAGUCCCUAAAAUAAAUCAGGGGAUCAUUUGGACCUUUCCUUUUCAACUUGACCGUUUCUCCUCUCAAAGCCUCAAACACGCGCUAGUUAUGAUAUUGCAGAACCAUACAGACUUACAAAAGUCUGAAAAUCAAAUUUGAAGAUUUCGAAAAUUUAACCCGAAAUCUCACCGACAAUUUAAGUUUUCUUGCCUCACUCACGAGAAGGGCGAAAUGAGUGCACCCGUCGGAAUGUUUGGAAAUGCCUUUCCGUUUUAAAACUCCUAGCGAGGUUCAAAAUGAUUUUUUUUUUCAGAGCGUCUCCUACAAAAAUCGUCGAGACGCUUAAAUCUCCACCGAGUGGUUAUAAGCCUUAUUUUCGAUUCCCAUUUUUUGGCAGGUUAGAGUUGCACCCAUCCCUCACUCUUCAAGUCGAAUCAUUUUUGGUUUUGAUAAAUGAAAACGAUUCUAAACAUUUUUUUUCAAUAGGAGAUGAAUUUCUGAAGGCUAAAUUUUGUCACUCAUGUAAAUUAAUUUUAACUUGUUAGGAGAGCUCCAAAGGCAGAAAGAAUUUGAAGUGGCCAUGUUUAUGUACCGCACGGGCGAACAACAAAACGAAUACAACGCCAUGAAUUUAACUAAAACACACGGUGAGUUAACGAGACGGAUUUUUGCACUUAUUACGCCUUUGACUUCGUCUGUGCUACAUUCCAUAUUCAGUCGGUUUUUUUUUUUUUUUUUUGCUACGCCUGUGUUCCUAUCUUAAGGAAAGCGGUUGUCACAGAAUUAAAUGGGGAAACUUGGAUACAACUGCAGCAACCAAGUUCCUAAUGUAAACGUACGUGCGUGAAACGAUUAUCGAACGGUUUUUGUUUCAUCACAGAGCUUAAUCUGAAAGCGCUACGCUGCAACAUCCAAAGAGCUCAAACUGGUCAUGUUCGUUUCGAGGUAUAACUUUAUUAAACGUCAAACUCAACGAAUUGCACGGAACACGUUGUUGUACUUUCUAGAUAUUCGUUUUGAUGCUGAGUGAGAGUAAGAUCAAAGUUCACUACGGGAAAAAUCAGUGACAGUUUUCUUUUACCACAUGACCCUUGUGACCAUGCACGCUUUUGUCUUAAUAGAUUAAAAAAAUUUUCUUGCGAGGGACGUAUACGAUGGCGCAGGCGGGCUGUGAAAAGCCGCACAGCCUUGAGAAACGCCCCACGGGAUGUAAAAGGCAUGGAAAACAGAAGAAGAAAGUGAAAGAGCGGUCAAUUGAUCAAAUACCUAUUGACUGAGUUAGGUCGGGUUGGACGGGAAAAUAUUUGGCUUUCGGUAACACAUUGCGCUCAGUCCGUACGCCAUGACCUCGAGUCAAAUAUUUCCCCGUCUGACCCUCCUGCUCGGUCAAUAAAAGCAUCAUAAUGUUUCAAUAUUUUUUUUAAUAGCUGACAAUCCAUCUCCAUCGUCAUCUUGUACAUCAAACGAGAAAGAAGAAAAUCAGGAUUACCACCGUGGGGAUGAACAAGUAGCUAUAUGCAUGGAAUGUUACAGGUACUGAAAAAUGAGAUCCGUCUAACGGUUUUUAAAGGACUAACUACGAGCUCAUUAUUUUUUUUAUCUUCCGUAACUUUUCAUUGAAGUACAACCACUUCUCUUUUAGAUCAGAAGUUAUCACUGAACAGAGCUCAGUUAAUCCUUUAACUCCCAUAAGUGACCAAGACAGAAUUUCUCCUUACAAUAUCAUUACAAUAUCAAGCAAACAAGUAAUGAGAAUAAAGAAAAAUAUCAGUUAGGGGAUUAUAAGGUGAUCUAAUACCAAAUUCUGCAAGCUAACAUCACAAGAACUGUAUGGCAGACAGUAAGGAGAAUUACUAAAGAGAUCUUGGGAGUUAAAGGGUUAAUCCGAGAUUCAGGGAUCAGUUUGACUUUCCUCGCGUUGUUAUUGGUGGUUAAAACUUUUGUCUCUCUCUCUCUCUACCAAUGGCAAUUCGCUUGUUCUUAGUUUGAGUUCUCAUUGGUUCCUUAGAAUAUUUAUCUUUGUCAUGAUUGACCGUUGUGAUUAGUCUGGGUUUUGGGAGAGGUUUUAACGACACCCAAUACAGGCAUAAAACAAGCUUCAUCAGUUAUUAGUUUCGUCAAGUGUGGUUCAUGCAUGUUCACGAACGCGGCUGAUUCAGCUGAAUCCAGCGUUCUAACUUGGAAUGCGAGUAUAUGCGUGUUCAAGAACAUCAGAGCUUCGGCUGAACCGAGCUAGUUUAGGAUGAAGUAAGCUCAUACUAAACUCAUCUAGUCGUUGAAAAUUCUCUAAUUCAACUUUCUCUUGUUUUCGUUACAGAGCAAACGGAAAAUAUUCCCUGAAGGUAUUGUUUAGAACCUUAUCUUCUGAGUUCCAUACUUUUACCAGCUCAUUAUCUUUCAUGAUUGUGCAGUAAUUGUGUAGAUUUGGUCAAGGUACUCCUGCUAAGCGAACGAGUGUGAGAAAAGCACGUGUAUGCACGUGCAGAGUCGUCCAUAUGAAGUUUCCAAUCUUUAUAGGGAGGCUCUGUAACUGUGGUGACUGCAUAUAUAUAUAUAUUAUGAGAGGAACAGUCUCAAGUUUACACUACAGACUUCUGACAAAUAUUUUUCCGAGAACGGAUAUAUAUAUAUAUAUCCGUUCUCGGAAAAAUAUUUGUCAGAAGUCUGUAGUGUAAACUUGAAAUAGAUUAAUAGCCAUUCCAAAAAUCGAUUUGGAAGUUGCUCUUAGGAGUUGGCAGUGUAAUUUGUCACUGGCAGUAGGUGUUUGUUUUUCAAAUGAUUCAUAAUUUGUCAAAUGUCACUCCUAAUAAACGUUAUAGCUACUUUUUAGUUAGUGCUUUAACUCCUGGUACUUGAGCCUAAAACAAUUGUCGUUCACUGCAGCCGUUACCUCGCAAGUACCUACGGCUAUCCUCACAAGCAACUGUGUUACAUCUCAAAAAAUUUCUCGCGAAGAAGUUGAGUCUGGACGACCACAAAGACGUGAGUAAACCAUUGUUCUGUGAUUAUACAUGAUUAUUCGUGGUCUUAGAAUAGCUGGGCUUUUUAAGUGGAAUCUAAGGGAAUCUGUGGCGAUUGAAGAGAUUUAUCAUUGCAAGAAGAAGUCAAGCUACUAGGCAAAGAGUAUUUCAACUUGGAUACAUCCAUCAAUUUCCAACAAAAGUUCGUGGCAGGGCGUGAUCAGAACCCGCGCGCUCCAAAACAAGGACAGUUUCCUAUGAUCAAUGACGAUCACGCCGGUCGAAAAUGGGCCAUAACUCUUGCCAAGCAUCUUAGAAUUUUUUUUGGUUUGCUGAAGAUAGCUUUUCUAGGUCUAGGUCCAAUGGAGAGGAAGUACAUUUACGCGAGCCGUCAUCAUUCAUCUACUUCUCUUUGUUAACAAGUAUUAAAAAUUGCUCCUCUCUUUCUCUGGUUUUGAUUGAGAAACGCGUUUAAACCGCAAUAAGCGCAUUUACUACGACUUAUUAAUAAUUGCAGGUGGAUAUUCUUUGCAAUGACGAAAUUCUUGGCAAGGACCACACGCUUAAGUUUAUUUGUGUCACGAGAUGGAGAUUUAAGGUAUGAAAAGAGAAAUGCUUGUAAAUAAGGGAGGUCACAAAACCAAAGUUACAAUUGGUUAAGAUUGUUUGUGAUAAUGCAAAGUAAACCAAAAACAUUGGAUUAAUUUCCUUAUGCCACUAAGCACAUUAUACGGAAAUAGGACCUGGUGAACGGGGAUCCUAUCUCCAGUCUUCUGUCUCGAAUCAUUCGGGUUAUUUAACCCCGUUUUUAGUCCUUAGUAGCCGUUGCCACUUGCCAAACGUAUGACCAUGAACGCUUUGUCAUUGGUCAGAUGAUACGUCCACUUUAACUUUGACCAAAACCUCUAACCCCAUUCUUAUGUAUCCGUCGUCUGAUCAAAAGCGUGGACAAAUAUCAUCUCUGUAACCUUCCUUACUUGAAGGAAGAGGUGACUUUAAGCUACUUACAUUUGAAGACUGAUAAACAUUUGUAGCACAGUUUGAUUGAUACAUUGUGCUUACUUUCUUUAAGGGCUGUCCCCUCUUACUUCAUUAUAGACCAAGUCUCAAGUUAUUUUAGUUCCAAUGCAUCGCAAACUGACGGAGAAUUUUCUUCACGCCUCCAUUCCGAGCGAACCGUCACUUCUAAAUAUCUUCUGACAAGCAGUGGUGUGAACAGCUAUAAAUGAAGACAUGUUCCAAGACAGCGAGUACAGUAAAUUGACAGGCGCUAGCGCUUGACGGGCAAGCAGAGCUCUCAGUCUACUCGACCGGCAAACCACAGAAAAGGCGUAGCGCAGCUAAAUCAAGGAUGAAUUAAUCUAUCGAUUUUAGAUCACAUUUUAUUGCUGAGUUUUUCCAAAUGGAAAGUUUCAAAUUAUGAUCAUGACCUUGUCAUACGUAUUAUUACAGUAUUACGCAUUGUGUAUUCAUUGUAUCCCACUCGUUCAUGACAAAGUUGCGUGUUAAUGUGUUACUUCUUACGCCCGAGUCGACCGUGGAAAUUGACAGGAAUAAUUGCAUUUGAAAUUAUGGAAGUAAAUAUUUAUUGUACAUUAGACACGGUAGUCACUGUUCCGUGUUGCAUAAGACAAAAAG